UGCCGUAGUUCUUCACUCCCAAGUAUUUGCGGGCACAAUGCUAUACAAAGUCGCCAACGUCAUCACGGGCUCUGGUUCGGAAGCCUCCAAAAAGCAGGAUGAAGGAGCAUCGCUCACAUCGGUGCUCGAAACGCCUGCUUUGCGUGUGGAGCUGGCCAUGUUAGUGCUCCUGUGCACAGAUGCGAUGCGAAGCGAAUUGCUAGCAACCUUCGAUCCGGACAAGACACACGAUGCAGGCCCUUUACCCCCUGCUGCUUCCCCGGCCCAGAAAUCCAGUCUGCAGCCUCCCACAAGGGAUCUCAUUAGUUUUGACGAGCCGCCAGAUGAAGCUUCAGUAGCAGCCGAGCGGGCAAGGAGGGUUAGGCAGCAGGAAAUAGAGUCCACGCAUAUGCAGGGACUGCGAAGAGGCGCGUUAACAUUCUUCGACAAAUGGCGCGCGGGUGUCAUGCAUCGUAUUUGUGAGGUGCUUGCUGUGAGAGGCGAUGUCGUUCGACAGGCGAAGGCCCGACGGAAGCAAAUGAUGGACGAUUCGGAGCGCGAAAAGCAGGGCAACUCGCUGUUGAUUGACUUUGACGGCGACCCAUUCCACAGCGAGGCAUAUGCGAAACAAAAGAAGAGGAAGCACGGUUACUACCAUGUCAUUGAGACUAAGCUCCUCGGCUUUGAAGAGGAGAAGAAAGUGCUUAUUCUCCACUGUCUUUUGCUACUUAUCCUGAGUCUGGAAAACUACUCAGGUCAUUCGCGCGUUCUGCUUAUGCACUUGACAAGCAGCCUGGAGCUUGAAAUCGAUCUGCUGGCUGAUCAUGAAAGGUCGGUCGCACAGGGCCUGCUGGCGACUGCCGCUUCCCACAUGGAUGCCGAAGAGACGGCGAAGAAACAGGCUUCCAACGAUGCCGUGUCUCGCAAAUGGAAGGUUGGCCUUGCUGCGGUAGGAGGGGCGGUACUGAUCGGAGUCACUGGUGGACUUGCUGCUCCAUUGCUGGCAGCUGGCAUCGGUACCGUCAUGGGAGGUUUAGGCCUUGGUGUUGUCUCGACGUAUCUCGGAGCACUGGCUGGCAGUAGCGUCUUGGUUGGGUCUUUAUUUGGUGCAUAUGGUGCAAAGAUGACUGGCCGUCUCAUGGAACAGUAUGCGAAAGAAGUUGAGGAUUUCGAAUUCCUCCCGGUUCAAGAUUCUGAACGCCCAACUGCGCAGCGGUCCAACGAGUGGGCUGAUGAGCUGGAGGCGAAAGACCCACGCAAACGCGAGAAGCACCGUCUACGUGUGUCCAUCGGUAUCAGCGGCUGGCUAAGCUCGACCGCCGACGUCAACAAACCUUGGGAAGUGAUUGACAGUGCAGGUACCGAAGCUUUCGCACUGCGCUUCGAGUUGGAUGCUAUGCUUCGGCUAGGUAAUUCGCUGAAUGACGUACUUUUCAGCUAUGCAUGGGACGGCAUCACAUAUACGAUUGUCAGCCGUACGCUGCUUGGAGCGUUGUAUGCAGGACUCUGGCCUCUUGGACUUGUCAAGGUUGCAAGCGUCCUUGACAACCCCUUUUCAAUCGCACUUUCCAGGGCCGAUAAGGCCGGAAAAGUGCUGGCCCAUGCUCUUAUUGACGGGGUGCAAGGCAAGCGCCCAGUCAGCCUGAUGGGUUAUUCUAUCGGGGCGCGGGUUAUUCACGCUUGCCUGGUUGAACUCGCAGAACAACAUGCUUUUGGUCUGGUCGAGUCAGUGGUGCUCAUGGGUGCUCCCACUUCUGCGGACAGUAGAUCCUGGAGACAGAUUCGGUCGGUCGUGGCAGCUCGUGUGGUCAACGUAUACAGCACUGAAGACUACAUACUCGGCUUCCUCUAUCGCUCGACGAAACUAGAGUUUGGUGUCGCAGGGCUGCAGGAAGUCAGAGAUGUGCAUGGGAUUGAGAAUGUGGAUAUGAGUAAGAUGGUCAAUGGGCAUGACCAGUACCGAUAUCUGGUUGGGUCUAUCCUAGUCAAGAUUGGUUUGGGGGACAUUAACUUCAACAAAGUUGCUGAACAGGAAAGACUAUUGGAAGUAGCUGAGAGAAAGAAGAAGCAAAUCCGAGAACAGGUGAAGAGACACAAGAAUGACACCCAACAGCCCGAUCCGUCCUCACAAAGGGGUCCUGCAGAGUUGAUCAUGGUUCCGGGGCAAGCCAAGUCCAAUUCCUUGAUCAACGUUUCUAACAAUGCAUCACCACCACAAGCUCGAGACGGUGCACAGACGGCAAUUCGACAGGCAUACAGGAAAACAAAUCGGACCGGUCAACAGCCAGCACAGUCCAUGAUGCCUGCUUUGAAGCCUGUCGAGCAGCAACAGCUACAGCAUCAUCCUACAGCUUCGCCACCCGCUACCUUAGACCCGUUGUCCAAUUCCAUUGCUAUAGAGUCAGCAUGCCAGCCUCAUGUCCAGGAGCGCCGCUUUGCCUCGUCCACUCGUGGUCAACGACAGACCCCCUCGAAUAUGUUCUCAACCCCAGCAGCGGCUCCUCAACGCACCAAUUUCACCCAGCCGACUUCCGAUGACGAAGAAGCCAACUACAAGAUCACGAUGCGUGACCUUGACUCUCAAAAAUUUUCGCCCCCGCUCGAAGAAAUGCUGAAGAAGCCCAAAGAUGUGCGUCCGUCUCUGGGUCCAUCCGAACUACCAAAAACUGUGCCUGCCGUUGCGGUCACGGAAAUUGAGGACGAGGCGGAGGACACAAGUGAUGACGAGGAGGUGAACAGUCAAUUUGGGGAGUUGAGCAUGGUCGAACCAGUUCCAAUGGAUGACAAUGAUUUUGGGUUGAUGUGA